CGCAAUCCUAUUGGCUGAAGAACAUUCUAGCCCUGCCUACCCGACCCGUUCAUUGGAAACCUGGCUUGUCCGUCAAAGCUCGAACGAUCCUUCGUUCAGUGUUGACGGAAAAAAAAGCAAUACGGACACUCCUUUACCUGCAAUACCGAUAUGUUGUAUCUUUUUAAUUGGGUUAAACUUAGGUUAAGGUUAUAGUUACGGCGAAGGCAAGAGUCGUUUUUACAGGUCAGGAGUGUUCCUUGUAGCCUCUCUCCCUGGUUGACGUCGGCGAGGAUUUCUCCUACUUUCACCCCACUUCUCGUAAUAGAACGGUUCGCAGAAUGAUUUGAUCACAACUCCCCCCCCCCCUCGCAGCUACACGGAACGAACACGGCUCAUUCAUAACGGUGUUUGUGCGGUGAUAGUCUCGUUCUCUCUCUCUCUCUCUCUCUCUCUCUCUCUCUCUCUCUCUCUCUCUCUCUCUCUCUCUCUCUCUCUCUCUCAGUCUCUCUCUCUCUCUGUCUCUCUCUCUGUCUUUCUGGAUUUGAAGCUGCAGUAUUGAUUAUUCGAUCCUGCUAAGAUACUAUCUUUGAAUAGUAACUCAGGAACCGACUUGGUAGAGAAAUGUCUACCUAUAACGAGGGGCAGAACAGCGAGGAAACGGGGAGAUUUGAUUCGUAUCAAAAUCGCGUUUUGGUACAGCGAGCGCCUCACGAACAGCCGCAGACUGUGUUCGUCAUUCUUGACACGGCCGAAGCGCUGAAUUUGAUCAGUGUGGAGCCUCUCCUCCCUGAGUCGGGGAUAGUAGCAGAUAUCGAGGUUGAGAGCAUCCUCCCUUCAGACUCUGAUACCUUCUACCAGCUGAAGAGCCAGCCCAUCACUCUGAGCGUGUCCCAACCCCCCUCUGACACGGCGUCUCCCUCCACCGGGUCGGUGAUGACGUCCCGGGUGUUGAUGAGGCAGGAGCUGAUGCGCCAGCAGGCCAGGGACCAGGAGAGGAGAGAGGCCCAGCACCAGGUCUCCUCGGCCCAGCUACGCACCACCGACUCCUCCCCAGCCAUCUCCAUGGCCCCGGGGCAUACCGGGGCCAGACCUCCCCCUGCUCAGGUCCCUGUGGAGGUCCUUAAGGUUCAGACACACCUGGAGAACCCAACAUGGUAUCACAUCCAGGCCUCCCAGAGACAGCAGGUUAAACACUACCUCUCCUCCACCCUGGGGAACAAACUGACCAAUCAGACGCUGGGCGCCUCCCCAUCGCCUCAGUCCGGCUCCGCCCCCUCUCUCCAGCCUGCAGCCAGUAGCAGCUCUCCCAGCAGCCCAUUGGCUGUGCUCAGCCUGAGCUCCAACAAAGAGGAGAUGGAAGAUGUGAUCGAUGACAUCAUCAGUCUUGAAUCCAGUCUCAACGAUGAGUUCUUUACGUUGAUCGACCCCGGCCUACAGGUGGCCAACACAAUGCCGGUGUCAGUGAACAUGCUGGAUGUGUUCAGCAGUGGAGGGAUGGCUGCUCCUAACAUCACCGUCUCCAACUCCUGUCCUGCUGACCUGCACACCGUCAAGACUGAGUUAACCGGUACAGAGGUGGAGGCUAAAGCUAUGAUGAAGGAACGACAGAAAAAGGACAAUCAUAACCAGAUUGAGAGACGGAGGAGGUUCAACAUUAACGAUCGCAUCAAGGAACUGGGAGCUCUCAUCCCCAAAUCGAGUGACCCAUCCCCCUGCUACGGAGACAGGGAGACGCGUUGGAACAAGGGCACCAUCCUGAAGGCGUCUGUGGACUACAUUAGGAGGCUGCAGAAGGAGCAGCAGAGAGCCAAGGAGGUGGAGACCAGACAGAGGAAACUGGAGCACAGCAACCGCAGCCUACUGCUACGUAUACAGGAGCUCGAGAUGCAGGCCCGCCUCCAUGGCCUCUCCACCCCCGCCUCUUCCUCCCAAGGCAGCUCCUCCUCACACCUAAGCCUAUCACAGUCCCUGGACCCCAGCACGGGCGACGCCCUCUCCAGGACCCUCCUCUCCCUGAGUGGUGGCCAAGGCCUCCAGGCCGCCUCCCCCUCCUUCCUGUCUCCACCCCCCUCGGCCUCUCCGGUUGGCCUCAUGACAAUGGGCAGCCCCUUGGAUCUGGACUCUCUGAGCUUCUCUGACCUGGAUGACCCGUCGGCCGCAGCCUUCCACGCCUCCCUGCUGCCGGACAUGGGUCUGGGGGACAUCCUGAUGGACGACAGGGGACUGGGGAUGUCCUCUGUUGGGGGCAGAGACCCCCUGCUCUCCUCCGUCUCCCCGGGAGUCUCCAAGACCUCUAGUCGCAGGAGCAGCUUCAGCAUGGAGGAAGAUUUGUGACUGAUGUAGACCCUAGACACCCUAGACCCUACACUGUUAGGGAGGAACAUAAUCAGCAUGGAGGAAGACCUGUGACUGGAGCUGAGUCCCAAACCAACUCCUAGACCCUACAUCAUAGACCCUACACUGUUAGGGAUGAACACAUUCAGCAUGGAGGAAGACCUGUGACUGGAGUUGAGUCCCAAACCAACUCCUAGACCCUACACCCUAGACUAAACCCUUAGACAGUUCAUGCAGAUCUGAGAGAUUUGGAAAAUAGUAAACAUGGCAAAACAUCCCAGUAGAAUCAUACCAGAGUGUUUAUAGCAAUCCUCCAUCCUUUCAGAUUUACAGGAGAGUCUUUUGGGGGGUAUUCAGCAGGAGAGGGUUCAGGAUUUACUGCUCAUUGUCUUCUGGUUCUUCCCAACUGGGAUUUCUCUAAGAAAAGAAAAAAACAAACAUGGGAAAUCUGAAGGGAAUUUUUGCAACCCUAAUUUUAGUUUAUUCUAGAAUGUGUAGAAAUAAUUCCUGGUCCCUGUGGUGAUGACGGAAUCCUUUCCAAAUAUUUUAUCUCCAUGCGUGUUAAAUAAACAUUUAAAAAAUAAACGAAAUAGAAUAGAUAUACGGAGUUGAGCUGUUCUAUAGCAUUAAAAGAUCCAACAUGAAUGGUAGACUACAUGUAAAGAUACGCGUUACUUAGAUACGAAACUAUGUUUUUAAUUUUAUAGUUCUGUGAAUAGUAAUUAUGAUGGAGGUAGAUAUGUAUAGGGAGAAGGAGACAGGGAUACUGGAGUGAUGGAGGUAGAUAUGUAUAGGGAGAAGGAGACAGGGAUACUGGAGUGAUGGAGGUAGAUAUGUAUAGGGGGAAGGAGACAGGGAUACUGGAGUGAUGGAGGUAGAUAUGUAUAGGGAGAAGGUGACAGGGAUACUGGAGUGAUGGAGGUAGAUAUGUAUAGGGGGAAGGUGACAGGGAUACUGGAGUGAUGGAGGUAGAUAUGUAUAGGGAGAAGGAGACAGGGAUACUGGGGUGAUGGAGGUAGAUAUGUAUAGGGGGAAGGAGACAGGGAUACUGGGGUGAUGGAGGUAGAUAUGUAUAGGGGGAAGGUGAUGGAUACUGGAGUGAUGGAGGUAGAUAUGUAUAGGGGGAAGGUGAUGGAGGUAGAUAUGUAUAGGGAGAAGGAGACUUGGCAUCAGGAUGUAUAAUAAACAGAGUAGUGGCAGCUUGUAUGUGAGUGCGGGUGUGUUGAGUCACUAUACAUGUAUAUUAUGUGUUGGAGUGACAGUGUGUAGACUAAACAGGGCCCUGUGACAUUGUGCAUAGAGACUGAAGUAAUAGGGUAAACUCAAGCCAUGUAGCUAUUUAAUGUAGCUAUUUAUCAGUCGUAUUGCCUGGGGAUAGAAGCUGUUCAAGAGCCUGUUGUUGUCAGACCUGAUGCGGAAGAGAAAAUAGUCUGUGGCUCUUGGAUGUUAGAGGUCUUUGACGACAAACCGUCUGAUAUAGAGGUCCUGGAUGGCAGGGAGCCCCAGUGAUGUACUGGGCUGUCCUUGUUUCCUGUCGGUGUGGAUGAGGGCGUUCUUGUUCCCCGUCGAUGUGGAUGAGGGCGUUCUUGUUCCCGUAGAUGUGGAUGAGGGCGUUCUUGUUUCCCGUCGGUGUGGAUGAGGGCGUUCUUGUUUCCUGUCGAUGUGGAUGAGGGCGUUCUUGUUUCCUGUGGAUAUGUAUGAGGGCGUUCUUGUUUCCUGUAGUCCACGAUCAGCUCCUUGGUCUUACUGACAUUCAGGGAGAGGUUGUUGUUUUCGGCACCACAUUGCCAGGUCUCUGACCUCCCUGUAGGCUGACUCAUUGUUGGAGUCGUGCGUGGCCACGCAGUCGUGGGUGAACAGGGAGUACAGGAGGGGACUAAGCACACAGCCCUGUGCCACCCCCCAUGUUGAGAGUCAGCAUAGCGGAGAUGAUGUUACCUAAACUCACCACCUGGGAUCGGCUCGUCAGGAAGUCCAGGAUCAAGUUACAGAGGAAAGUGCUUGGAGGGGACAAUGGUGUUGAACGCAGAGCUGUAGUAAAUGAACAGGAUUCUCUCAUAGGGUGCCAUUUCUAAUGACCUUUUAUUUACAUGUUGUAUAAUCCAGUUGAACGUUGUGUGUUGGUAUGCUAUUAAAGUGUGUCAAGAGUCACUCAGGAAAACUAGGCUGAGCAGCCAGCCGUAGAGUAGACUAAACAGUUACAAUACUGUGUUUUGUCGGCACAUUGUUCUAUAGUCCUCAAUAGCAAGAACGUUAAGAGUGGCUCUCAACUUUAAUCUACAAGGUUUUAUCACUCUGUGUUCCUGCCUCCUCUGUGUUCCUGCCUCCUCUGUGUUCCUGCCUCCUCUGUGUUCCUGCCUCCUCUGUGUUCCUGCCUCCUCUGUGUUCCUGCCUCCUCUGUGUUCCUGCCUCCUCUGUGUUCCUGCCUCCUCUGUGUUCCUGCCUCCUCUGUGUUCCUGCCUCCUCUGUGUUCCUGCCUCCUCUGUGUUCCUGCCUCCUCUGUGUUCCUGCCUCCUCUGUGUUCCAGCCUCCUCUGUGUUCCAGCCUCCUCUGUGUUCCUGCCUCCUCUGUGUUCCUGCCUCCUCUGUGUUCCUGCCUCCUCUGUGUUCCUGCCUCCUCUGUGUUCCAGCCUCCUCUGUGUUCCUGCCUCCUCUGUGUUCCUGCCUCCUCUGUGUUCCAGCCUCCUCUGUGUUCCUGCCUCCUCUGUGUUCCAGCCUCCUCUGUGUUCCUGCCUCCUCUGUGUUCCUGCCUCCUCUGUGUUCCUGCCUCCUCUGUGUUCCUGCCUCCUCUGUGUUCCUGCCUCCUCUGUGUUCCAGCCUCCUCUGUGUUUCUGCCUGGGUCAGUUCAGGAAUUCAGGAAUAAAAUAUUUUUAAAAACUCACAGAAUACGGUGAGACGUUUAAAAAAAUAAAAUAAAAGGUAUAAAAUCUGCAAUAUGUCACUUUUUGGGCGACCUGACCAAAUUCACAUAGAAAUGUGAGUAAUAGAUCUGUCACUAUCAUUGAAAGCAAGUCUAAGACGCGGUAGAUCUGUUCUAUGUGCACUACUUCUAUGCUUCCGAUUCUUAUGUUUCAUUUUUGCAUCUUUUACAUUCAUUCAUACUAUGACAGAUACUUCACAUUGUUUUAUGUUUGUUUAUUUAGCCUGUUUCCAACCUCAUAUGUGCUGCGUUUUCACCCAUAGAGUUAGAGAACUCUUGAUAGAUAAUAACCCGGGAUGACACAGAUACAGAGAUGAGUCAUCUAUCUAACUCUAUGGUUUCACCAUGGGUUCAGUGGGGAGUAAUAUAUAUAUAUAUAUAUAUAUAUACAUAACCCAUGGGCUGGAUGGCCACUGACUACUAAGCACACUUUACUCUGUCAUUUAUUUUCAUAGAAAAGCAAUAUACCUGUAUGUGGUUGAGUAGAAUUGAGUGACGUCACUUAUCAUCACAGCCCUGUAAGAUACAGUAUAUGGAUAACGGCACUAGGGAAUGAUGGUGAAUAAAUGUGUUUUAUAACUGCAGUUUCAGGUUCUGCCAUAUGCAUAUUAAAUCUGUACUGUGUUUACUUUAUUUAUGUAAAUAGAAAUGGUAUAUAUAGCAUAAUGUUCUGGAACAAUACAUUUAUUAACAAAUAUUUUCUGUGUAGUGUACACAUUAUAUGCCAUAUAUUAUGUAAAAACAUUGCAUAUAUUUGGCCCUAAUUUUUUUUUAUUUUUAUGAAAUAUAUACUUUUUAUCAUUUUCUCUUUUAAAUAUAUGUGACUCUGA